AUGGCUACUGACCUGGAAAUGAGGGUUGCUGUCAUUGGUACUGGAGUAGCAGGGCUAUGUUGCUUAAGGCAUCUCACUCGUUAUCCAGAGUACUUCAAAGUACAAGCAUUUGAGCAGACCAACCAAAUAGGUGGUACUUGGGUCUACACUGAUAAAAUAGGUCAAGAUGAAGAGACUGGACUACCAAUACACUCCAGCAUGUAUAAGAAUUUGAAAACUAACUUACCUAAACAAGUAAUGUGUUAUCCUGGCUUUCCAUUUGACUCCAGUCUACCUUCAUUUGUCCAUCACUCUGAUGUCUUACAUUACUUAGAACAAUAUACUGAACAUUACCAACUCUAUCAAUAUAUACAGUUUUACUCUCAAGUAAAGAGAGUAACUCCUUCAUGCUCAUCACCAAUGAAUGUUAUUAAUCAUAGAAAUGGCUACCUUAAUCCAUUUGAAGUUACAAAUGGCAUUUUAUUUGUACCUCAUUACAAUGUACGUGGUCUGGAACAUUUUAAAGGAAACGUUCUACAUAGUCAUGAAUAUCGUUUACCAGAUCCCUUUGAAGGACAAUGUGUUCUUGUAGUUGGAGCUGGUCAAUCAGGUAUUGAUAUAUGUCUUGAAGUUGCUACUAAGGCAAGAACAGUUCUAGUCAGUCAUUGUAAAGGACACAUAACAUCGCUACUUCCAGGAAAUAUCUAUGAAGUUAAAGGAAUUACUUUUAUUUCAGAAACAGGUUCUAUACAACUUGAUGAUGGAGACACAGUCAAAGAGAAAGUUGAUAGCAUUAUACUAUGUACUGGAUAUGAGUACGAGUUUCCAUUUUUAACUCCAGAGUGUGGGAUACAAGUUACUAACAAUAGAGUACAUCCAUUAUAUAAACAUAUUGUUAACAUAGUCCAUCCAUCUAUGGCCUUCAUUGACUACUUCACUGUAGUGCCACCUGUCUGCUGUGAUGUACAAGUACAAUAUUAUCUUUCUGUUCUUCUUGGUAGAACAAAACUUCCUAGUCAAGAGGAAAUGAAAGAAGAAGAGGAAAUGUUUCGUAUACAAGUAGAGAAAGGAAUUAAAGAGAGACACACUCAUUUAUUAGGUGAUAAUCAAUGGAGUUAUUAUAAUGAGUUAGCAGAACUGGGUCAAUUUGAACCACUUAAACCAGUGAUUCAAUCACUAUAUGAUGAAGUGAAGAUAUAUAGAAGUCUUGAUGUCGCUAGAUAUAAAGAUUUGAAUUAUGAUGUUAUUGAUGACAAACAUUGU